UCUGGAAAUUAGCUACACUUUUCCGGUAAAAGUGUCACAUAUUUCCGCGUACAGUAAGAAUAUCAAGAAAAAUGGAAAAUAAAUGGAAGAAGCGUCUUUCCUACAUAACACUUGGUUUAUUUUACUUUAUAGGCGGUGUAGAAUAUGCUGUGAUUUUACCAACACUGUGGCUGUAUUUAAAGACAGACUUUGGUGCCCAAGAAUACAUGCUUGGUUUACUUCUUUCUGCAUACAGUUUUGCUGCAAUCAUAUCUGGACCUAUUUUGGGAAGAUGGUCGGACAAGAGCAGGAAACCAAAAAUUAUACUAGCACUGGGAACAUUAUUUCAAAUUGCUGGUAACAUAAUGUAUUUUAUGGGCAUCUCGGUGUGGUUUCUUCUGGCAAGUCGUCUUGUUGCAGGUAUAGGAGGUGGGGCGGAGGCUGUUAUAAUGGCGGAGAUUACACGAUCAUCAGAAGAGAGCAAGAGAACUGGAAUAAUUUCUAAACUGAUUGCUAUUAGACAAAUGGGGCUUCUUGUUGGUCCAGGGUUGAACCUGUUUCUCAGGGAAAUAGAUUUCUAUGUUGAUGGUUUUAAUAUUAACAAAUACAAUGUGCCUGGGGCAUUUAUGGCAUGUGUGUGGACAAUACAAGUUUUUAUUCUAGCUUUCUUAUAUACUGAACUGGACAAAUUUGCUCAGAAAGAAAAAUCUGUAGUGUCACCAGGUCAAGGUCGUAUGGUACGACCUCUAGAAGAUCAGUAUACAACUCUUAAUAGAACAGACUAUGAUGAGGAUAUAUAUAAAGAACUUGGAUCCGAACGUAAUGACAGAAAAUCUAUAAAUAGCAGUGCAAGUUCAAGGUCACAUGUAAAUGACCCUGACGACCUUAUAGAAACUGCUGAGGAUUUUAUGAGUGAAGGUCGUAGAAAAGUUAGAUCUCUUACUCCAAAUCUUGGUGCUAGUAGCAGCAAAAUUUCAUUAAAUGGGUCAAUAGGUCAAAGAAGUGCUAGUGCUAAUGCAAUUGUUGGCAUGGAGACGGAUUAUGGGACAUUUGAUGGAAGCCUGACAACACCAGUUGAAGACCGUUGUCAUCUGGGUAGUCAAGAGUAUAUAAAUAGCACAGAAGAUAGUCUCGUAGAUUACUUAGCUGGAAAAUCAAAAUUAAAGUUUAUUUAUCAUGAGUAUGUGAGAGAGGAAAUAGUUGCAGUUAUAGCUGUCCAGUUUAACAGCUACUUUAAUCAACUUGCAUUAGAGACUAUGGUCACGCCAUUAUCAUUGCGGCUGUUAAACUGGGGAGAGUUGGAAAAUAGCAUUUUUUACUGUUUAGCCGGUGUAGAGGUAAUAAUAGUGUUUGGUCUUGUAACAUGGCUUAGUAAAAGAUUUCCGGACCGUGUUCUGAUGGUUGUUGGCACUGUUACCCUGGUUGUAGCUAAUUCCUGGCUAAUCUACGUUGUUCCGGUGUCCUUUAAUGGUACGUAUGAUGAAAAUAUAUGGAAGUUCAUUAUUGGCUCAGCAUUAGACUUGUUUGCUUUACCAUUUCUUGUGUCAGCAAGUAUAUCCCUGUACUCAAAAAUAACAAAGAAGGAGACCCAGGGAUUGAGUAUGGGUUUGAGGAGAAGUGUUGUUGGUUUAGCCACCAUUUUGGGUCCCCUGUGGGCAGGAUCCACUAUAACCAUGCCAUAUCUUAUGUUUGGUGCCAUGCUUGGUCUAUUAGGAAUUUCAAUGGUGUUGCUGUUUUUGUCAUACAGUAAACUUACACCAAUUAGUGAACUGCCUGUGAAUAGAGCCGGUUUAAUAACCUCUUCUGAUAGUGAUGUUUCAACACAACCAUUACUUUCCUGACAGUCCUCUAUCUUUAGAAAUAUAUAAGUGUUGUUAUUUAUUUAAUUCUUGUACUUAAAUAUUUUUGUAUCUUUUUUAUAUAAGGCAUAGCCAAUCUUUAUUCUAAAUUUUUCAUUGUUGUUGAUCUGUGUAAUGUUCCUGUCUGGUUUAUUAUAUCAAUGACAAAAUGUUGUGUUCAUUAUGUCACUUUUUACAAAUCAACCACUUGGAAAAGUAAUUGUUCAUGUCACUUUUUGCAAAUCAACCACUUGGAAAAGUAAUUGUUCAUGUCACUUUUUGCAAAUCAACCACUUGGAAAAGUAAUUGUUCAUGUCACUUUUUGCAAAUCAACCACUUGGAAAAGUAAUUGUUCAUGUCACUUUUUGCAAAUCAACCACUUGGAAAAGUAAUUGCUUAUGUCACUUUCUGCAAACUUGGAAAAGUAAUUGUUCAUGUCACUUUUUGCAAAUCAACCAUACCACUAAUUUAUUUGUUAAUCAGUAAUUUUGUUUUUCUACCUUCAUAUGGUAUUUAUUUAUAUCAUAUUUAACGUCUCAUUUUGUUAGUAUAUUGAAGCCAUACAAAUUUUCACAUUGAAAUAUCAUGUAGAGGUGUUUUAUCAUUCUUAUAGUCUAACCCUAUUCCUGCUGAAGUUUAAUUUAGAGUUCAAAGUUAAAAGACUUUUAAAGGGACUCCACUGAGCUUUUUUUACAUGACGGGACUGGAAAUAGUUUUUUUCAGAUUAAUGUUCCAUUCGAUAUAAAUCUAAACCAAUAACUUGUGUGCAAAAUUUCAAAUCAUUCGCUCACUCCGUUUUUCCUUAAUAAAUAUUCUAAUUGUGAAAAAUUACCCAAAAUUGAAAAGCAUUAAAGAAUAGCAAAAAAAUUUGAUUUUCAAUUUAUUUCCAAGUAUAUUUUCUAAUUUUUCCAAGUAUAUUUUCUAUUUUUUCCAAGUAUAUUUUCUAAUUAUCUUUUACAUAUCUUUCAGUUUUCUGAUCUAAGUAAGAAAUUCAAAUUUUAUGAUAUUAUGUUUUUGGAUCUAAGUUGAGUUCCUUUAAUAUAAAAAAAACACAAACACCAAUUUGAAAACUCAAGCUACCAGCACUACAUGAAUGUGAAUUCUCUAUACUGGUGACAAAGACUUAUUUUGCCUUUAGUUCCAGUCCAUAAAGGAUUUUACCUUUGCUGUGUUGAAGUAUUUGUGUAUUCUCAAUUUUGGACAACAGAUUUUUCAUCUUCCCUGGUGUAGUAUACUGCUUUCAAACCGAAAAAAAAAACUAUUUGUAAAAUAACACUUAACUUGCUGUAACUAAAUGUGAUGCAACUUUUACACCCCCCCCCCCCACAGUGCUGUGUACCCAAUAUACUGUUGAUAGCUGAUUUUUGUAUUUUGAUAUUCAUAACUGGAACCCCUUUAAGCUGCAUGCCUCUAGAUGAGUAAAAAUAUUUCAAUAAAGUCAAACUUGAGAAAUAUGUACAAAGAUUUUAGGAAAAGUAAAAUGAUUCAAGAUUCAAGUAAUAUUUUACAUGUUAUGUGCGAUUAAUGACUGAUUUUCAGUAUUUACAACUAUAUUUCUACUGCGUUACUAACACAGUAAGGGCUAUUUAUGCAUAUUUUGACCACUUUUGGGUAAUUUACAAGGGAUGUAACUGUAAGUGCCAUUGAUAAUGUGUAAAUUGCUUCCUUUUGGUUAUUUCGCAAUAUUAUACAUUCAUAUGCAUUUUCAAAAUUUUCAUGAAAAUUAGCAUGAAUCUGGAGGCGUGCUGCUUUAGACUUAAAAUGCAUUGUUCAAAUUCAAAACAAGGCAAAUGCAUUGCAACAAAUUCCAGAGUUUAAUGGUUCAGUGUUUACAACUUUAAACUAAUAAAACGGAAUAGCAAACCGUACAGUGUCUAGUUUUUACAGCACAGGUGUGUAGGGCUAGCCAGGCAUUAUACCUGUAAGAUAGGUAGUUUUAUUGUAGUAUGUUGCUUGUGGAAAGAUUAUUUAAACACGUAAAAGAUUGGGGUAAACCAUCAUGUGUUGUGUUGACAUUAUUAAACAGCAUAAUUUUUAUGCUGUGUUAACAAAAUUUUACAACCACAUUUUGUGUUGACAUUAUAAACCAACAAAUACUGUUUACAUAUUCAACCACUAUGUGUUGUGUUGACAUUAAUAAACAGCAUAAUUUUUAUGCUGUGUUUACAUAUUUUACCACUAUGUGUUGUGUUGACAUUACUAACCAACAUAUGUAUGGUAACUUAUUUAACCACCAUAUGUUGUGUUGACAUUAAAGGGACUCCACUGAGGUUUAAAAGCCUAAAAACAUAAAAUUUGAAUUUCUUACAUAAAUGAGGUGGGGUACUUUAAACAGAAAUAUAUGCAAAGAUAGUUGAG